UUAAGGUCGAGUCAGACCCGUCGUACCGUUAUUUCGCGUUACCUCCUGGAUUAAAUUAUAUGGACUUCUUGCAAGUUCUGUUGGACUAUCUACUUUGAAACGUCUUACUUGUUGAACAUUACGAGUUCCGCGCGACAUAUCAUUUGCCAAAUCUGUGAAUUAGAUCAAAAGCUGUGAAGAAGUACGGCAAGGCAGUGAGUUGCGCCUUAGGUCUUAACAGAACCACAGGGAAUAGCAGCAUACAAGCGCGAUUCUGGUUUUUGAUUGUGACAGUGGGAUAUUCUGAGAUUUCAGAUGACAGAACGUUUUCGUUUUGCGACAGUGUUCAUCUGUCAUUGGAGCACACCUUAUUCCAGGGACAGGACACGAGCAGCAAAAGUUUAAUAUGUUUUAUUUAGUUCAAGAAAUAGGCAAAAACUCAAAGCGCAAAUUAUCCACGAACAGUUCUAACACCAGACUGUGGGAAGAGCUGUCAUGUAUAACUACAUGUGAGUCCCGAUUUGGAUAUUGUUAACUUUACAGUGAUCUGAAGUUCUAAUUAUUUAGUGGACACUUCAUUGGCUACAGCUCUGAUCAUUCAGUCAUUCUCCCUCAACUUUUUCUCCAGUUUUGUUAUUACAAAGGAAUAGCCUACAUUGCCACGUUUAAACGUAUGCACAUUUGCAUUUUUUCAACAAUUUUCACGCAAUCCACCGUAUUUAUUGUUAACCUCCAAGAAGCUUCGUUUUGGUGAAAUGGGCUGAUUCGGGGGACACUGAGGUGAGAAUGAUGGGGACUAUGUCGGCAACCAGCUUUAGCAUCCCAUUAUGGAGGCAUUUGCUGGUAAUGCUGGUGUGCUUGACAGCUACGGAGUCAAGAAUAACAGACGCUUGUUCUGGACUUCUAACCAUCGGCUGUAGUUGCACAGACGAGCGCAUGAAGGCUCAUACCACGCCGGGUGUCCGGAAAAGAGUAAGCUGCAGCAGCGACGAACUCACAGAAACUCCAGAAGCCAGUCUCCUCCCCAACCGGACCGUUACUUUGAUUUUGAGCAGCAACCGCAUCAGGGUCCUGCGAAAUGGCUCUUUCAGUGGACUCUCCGUCCUGGAGAAACUAGACCUCAAGAACAACCUCAUCAGCACCAUCAUGCCAGGAGCCUUUCACAGUCUGACUGCACUGAAGAAGCUGGACCUGUCCAACAACCGCAUCGGCUGCCUGACACCGGACAUGUUCCAGGGGCUAUCCAACCUCACCAAACUAAACAUCUCAGGCAACAUCUUCUCUACUCUGGACCCGACCGUCUUCCAGGAACUUCCCUCUCUGAAGCUGGUGAACUUUAACUCGGAGUUUCUCACCUGUGACUGCGGCCUGCGCUGGGUUCCGGGUUAUUUCCGCACUAGCACUGCACGGCUUGGGGACGAGACCCUCUGCGCCUAUCCCAAGAGUCUCCACGGCAAAGCCUUGCGUGGACUCAGAGAAAGCCAUCUGAGUUGUGAUGGGCCUCUGGAGCUACACACACUGUCCCUGCUUCCCUCACUCAGGCAGGUGGUGUUCAAAGGGGACCGACUGCCCUUCCACUGCACCGCCGCCCUGGUGGACAAACUGACCGCCCUGCACUGGAGUCACAAAGGCGAGCCGGUCAUCAAUGAGCCCGACCGCAGCAUUCACUUAGAGAGCAGCGUGAUGCACGACUGCACCUUCAUCACUAGCGAGCUCAUCCUGUCUAAUGUGGACGUGAACGCCAGUGGUGAGUGGGAGUGUGUGGUGUCCACAGGCCGUGGCAACGCCUCCCGCAGCGUGGAGAUUGUGGUGCUGGAGAACAGCGCCUCGUUCUGCCCAGAGGAGCUGGUCACCAACAACAGAGGGGAGUUCAGGUGGCCCAGAACCCUGGCUGGCAUCACAUACUACCUGUCCUGUAACACGCUGCGCUACCCCACGCUGGGUAUCGGGGAGGAGAAGCGGGCCUCGCGCAACUGUGACCGCUUAGGCCGCUGGGAGGACGGAGACUACACCCAGUGCCACUACACCAAUGACAUCACCAGAGUGCUUCACACCUUCAUAAUGAUGCCCAUUAACGCCUCCAACGCAGUGACGCUGGCUCAGCAGGUGUGCUCGUACACACUGGAGGCGGCUGGCUUCACGGACACGGUGGACGUGCGCUACAUCGCUCAGAUGAUGCACAAGUUCAUGAAUUACAUCCAGCAUCAGCGAGAGCUCUCCGAGGUGCUUGUGGAGAUGGGCAGUAACUUGAUGCAGGUGGACGAUCAGAUCCUGACGCGUGCCCAGCGUGAGGAGAGGGCCUGCAGCUCCAUCGUCCACUCCCUGGAGACUCUGGCCUGGCCACAGCUCCACUCCGGCUCCAAGGACCUCUUGCUAGUCUCACGCAACAUUGUGAUGUUGGCUCACCUCAUUCGUCCGGCGCAGUUCACGGGCAUGAGCUGCACAGCCUAUCAGAGGAGAGACGGGUCAGGGGUCCAUAGCCCAGAGGGUCAGGAAUCACCUCACGAGCAGCAGCUUCACUUCCGCUGCAUGGCUGGAGCACAUAACACAUCCCUCAACAACUUCCCUCAGAAGAAUUCUUUGGCCUUGGCCUCCGUCUCGCUCCCUCCUUCUCUGUUUCCUCCGGAUGCUCCUGCAGACUGUAAACUGCAGUUUGUGGCAUUCCGUACCGGAAGGUUCUUUCCCUUUAUGGGGAACUCCAGCGGUGGCCUAGUGGACAUUUCCCGCCGUCGUAGCGUCAACACGCCAGUCAUCUUUGUUGGACUCGAUGGCUGCAGCAUGUGGAACCACUCAGAGCCCAUCACCGUGUCCCUGCGCCAUUUGUCCCUGGGCAGUGACCCCAUAGCUGCCCAAUGGAGCCUGGAGAAACAGGGAGGAUGGAGCCAAGAUGGCUGCCAGCUGGUCCACACAGAUGCCGCCACCUCUACUCUGCACUGCUCACUGCUCAGUAACUACGCUGUGCUGCAGGAUGUCCCAGACUUCCCAGGCCCCUCCGCCCUGCCUGUAGACGUGCUUCACCCGGUGGUGUACACCUGCACUGCCCUCCUGUUGCUCUGCCUCUUCACCAUCAUCAUCACAUACAUUCUCCACCACAGCUCUGUUCGAGUCUCCAGGAAAAGUUGGCAUACAAUCCUUAAUACCUGUUUCCAUAUCGCCAUGACUACAGCAGUCUUUGCAGGAGGCAUCACCCUCACAAGCUACCCCAUAGUGUGCCAAGCGGUGGGCAUUGCUUUGCACUACUCCUCCUUGUCCACCCUGCUCUGGAUCGGGGUCAAUGCCAGGGUCAUCUACAAAGAGGCUGUCCUGCGAUUGCCACGGCAACCGGAGGGAGAGGUGGCGGUAGCACCCACACAGAGGCCCAUGCUCAGGUUCUAUUUGAUAGCUGGUGGAGUUCCUCUCAUCAUUUGUGGCAUAACGGCAGCGGUCAACAUGAACAACUAUGGGGAAAACAGCCCUUACUGCUGGUUGGUAUGGCGGCCAAGUUUGGGGGCGUUCUUUGUCCCUGCCGGCCUGGUGGUACUGGUGACCUGGAUCUACUUCCUGUGCACCAUCUUCCGCCUGCGGCGCCGAGGCUCGGAGAGCACCAAGGAGCUGGCGGCAUCGUCCAUCUCCUCCCCACUGCCCGAGAGCCAGCCGGCGCUCAGCGGCAGCAACAGCCUGCUCUCCACGGACUCGGCUACGGGAGCCGGACACGCUGUUCCGCCGGUGGAGGACCAGUACUCGCUGAAGGUGCAGUUCCUGGCGCUGGUGACCACUCACUUCCUGUUCCUGGUGCUGUGGUGUUGCGGGGCCAUGGCCGUGUGGCAGACGGGCCGGGAGAGCCUGCUCUUCAGCUGCCUGUACGGCGUGGCCGCGGUCGGCCUGGGCGUCUUCCUGGUGGUCCACCACUGCCUGAGGCGGCUGGACGUGCAGGCCGCCUGGCUCGGCUGCUGCCCAGCCUACCGGCGCUCGCAGCCCAUGCAGGCUUACGGGCACCCAUGCGCGGCCGGCCCGGGGAACGCAAGCGCCUCAGAGCGCGGCUCGCAGCUCUAUGUGAGCUGCGCGCCGCCCAGCGAGGCGAACAACUGCUCCUCGGCCCGGUCCUCGUCCACUCCGAGCGGCACGAGUAGCGUCGGCCCCGGGCCCUGUAAGCUCACCAACCUGCUCCAGGUGGCCCAGGAGAACGGCAACAGCACCGCCCGGACGGCCGCCGUCGUCGCCGUCGCCAACAACCACACCAACACCAACACGAGCACCAGCACGGAGAACAACGGCAAGCCCAAAAACAAUGCGCUGCCCAGCCUCAGCUCGGUGGCCCCGGUGCAGCCUCAGAGGAGGAAGACCAGCAGCAGGACUAAAACAGGCGGUGCUCAGUACCACCACCGUGGAGAGGGCCGUGGCCACUACCGCCUCAAGGCCCUGAGAGGGGCCGGUGGCGGGGGGAGUGUGGGCGCCCUGGGGCCCCCGGGGCUGGAGCAGCUCGGCCUCUCCCAGGUGGGCCAUCACAAGCACGCCUCCAGCGAGAACGGCAGCCUGCGCAACCACAGCCACUCCGAGAGCCAGACAGGCCCGCUUACCAACGGCCGGCACGGCGGCGGUGGCGAUCCGCUGGCCACCAGCCCCUCGGAGGGCAGCGACGGGGGCAGCAGCGGCUGCCGGAAGCCCUUCCCCCUGCUGCCGUCGGUGGCCAGCCGGGUGGCCAUGCAGCACGGCGGCGCCCAGAGGCGCUGUGCCAGCCGGGACAACCUCAAACUGGCCGCGGCCGCCGAGAGGGAGGCCAAGCGCAGCUCCUUCCCGCUCAACGCGGCCAUGGGAACAGUCACAGGGUCGGCCACAACCAACGCCACGUCAGCGGCUAACGCAAACACUAACGCGCUCAACGGGACUCUGAAAAACUCUGUACUGGAGCUGGACACUAGUGGCACUGACCACUCCCAGAGCUCUGUGGGCAUGAGGAGCGGUGUGUGGAAAAGUGAGACCACAGUGUGACCAAUCAGACACUCAUCCCUAUUCAAAAUGUAAAAAAACGCACCUUUUGUCAAUGUCAGCUGACUUUAGAAAAAUAAAAGUAAACAACCGAGGAACUGAACUGAAGGUUGCAAACAAACAUGGGGAAGGAUAUAUAGUUUAUGUCAGCACAGUCUUUGCAUCCCUGUCAUUUAGCUAAGGAUAACACAAUGGAGCAUGGAACUGUAGGUUGGAGUUCGAGGUUUGAUGUUUUGCUAUGAAAUAUGCAAAAAUGUAUGUUUGUAUGUUUUAAUAUCAAGGUAUUUCACCAUAGAUAACUAAGGAAUUUGUUGAAAAGAACAUUUUUACCCUUUUGGAGUUUAUCUGUUUUGUCUGAAUGCUUCACCCUAUGCAUCAGAAAGAGAGCAUGGAAAUGGAAUCAAAGAUAGCCCAUUUUACUAUGAACAUCUCCUCUGUGAAGGACAUUUUCUCUUGUAUUUGUGCGUGCAAGCAUGCCAAUGUGUUUAUAAAAAGUGUGUGUGUGUGUGUGCGUGUGCGCAUGUGUGUGUGUGUCUGUGUGUCUGUGUGCGCAUGAGAGAGAGAGCAAGAACUCCUAGUGUAUAUAUUCUUCUUAACCAUUUUAAGUAUUAAGAUGGAGUCAAUCCUUCCCCAGCACUGAAUAGAGCUUUUUUGCCUCUUGCAAGCAGACCAAGCUAUAAGCAUAUGGAUCUUUGUAUUUAGAGUGAAUGGGCCUCCACCCUCAACUACUCUGUUGAAUGAAUUUGUGGCAUUGUGAACUUUGUGAAGCAGGAAGUGGCUGUCUGUGUUCCUGGACGGUUCCAUUUUGCUGGGAAUGUCCGGUUUGCUUCUCGUCAGUAUUCAUGGCUCACCACUGCCAUCUACAGGACAUAAGGCAUCACUGAUCAUGCACUGAUACAUAAGGAAAUUAGAGUUUCAAACUCUGGCUUUUGAUGAUCUUUGUGGCUCUUAUUUUCUUUAUACAUCAUGGCAGACAUAGUAGCCUGCCUGAGACGUCAGUCUCUUUUACCCACAAAUCCAUAUAUUUGACAGAGGGCGUAAUUAUGUUUGCACUGCUGUCAACAGAAUACCUGAUUUCAUGUUAAAAUGUUCAUGUUAAAAUCUGUCUCUCUGGAUGAGGCAUUUAUCUAAUCAGUAUUGUUUUGAUUGGUCCACGGAGGUAAUUAUUGUGUGUUCAUUCACUGAAUCCUCGAGUGCCAUUGUGAUUCAUGUGCAAAGCAGCCAUUUCCCCACAGCCUAAUUAUCUAUUUCCCCACUUUGUUUACAUUUUAAUAUGCAAAUUGAUUUUCCAGUCAUGGCCUGCCGUAGUAGAUAUGAGCCGGAGAGGACAUUCUGAUCAGUUCACAACUGCACACCAUCCAUGUUACAGUAUUACCACAACAGUGUAUUAGUGUGUUCAGGGACAAUAUCGUGCCAAAGAAAGGUUCACUGUUGAAAACAACCUCAAUGCCACAGUAUUUUACUAGUUUCUGUGCCAUAUUAUGUGUCAUCCCCUUAGCUUUUACAUCUCCCUUGAAGUCUAUGUUAUGUGGUGGCAUGUAUCAUGGUUUUUGAGUGUGGUAUGACAGUCAAUAUUCAAAAGUCAUGGUUAGACAAGCUUUGUUAAACAUAUGGAUUUAGCUGCAUACAUUGUUAGGUGGUUGUUUGUCUUUGUGUUUCGUGGAUUUCAAAGUGGGUAGCUUUGGAACUUCUGUUAUCAGACAAGUAAUAUACCUGCCAGUGUUUGUGCACUGAAAACUGCAUUUCAGUGUUGGUUGUUACAUGUGAGGUUUUCACAAACAUAUGUCCAAAUUCAUCUCAGAGUGUAAAGGGAGAAAUCAAAUUGUUACCUGUAUUUAUAUUUGUAUCUGUCAUGGCAUCAGUUUUAAAUAAUAGUAAAAUAAUAAUUGUUUAUUAUUCAAUAAUAUAUUUGUUCUAGAAACUCAAACCGUGCCUUAUCAAACUCUGAUGCAAAAUAAAGACUU